AUGUCUUUGAUUACAAAUACUCAAAUUAAUAUUGCUAUGUCUGAUAAAUAUCAUAAUGAUAAUAGUGAAGAAACACGCCAAGAAAUCACUAAUAUAAUUAUGAACCAUGCUCAAAUGAAUACUCAGAUAUUAUACAUUCUUGAAGAAAGAGAAGUGUAUCGCAA